CCCCGCCCCUUGUGUCCGGCUGCGACGUGGGUUGCGGUCUCCGUGGGGGUGGCAUCUCCUGUCCAGGAGGUUUGCGCCUGGCGGGGCUCCCCGGAGCCGCGAAGAACCGGGAGGCGAGACCAGGGCGGGGCGAGGCGCGUCCGGGCGGGGAGGACGAACGCAGGCAGUAGCGCAGGGGGCGCAGAGGGCAGCGGGCGGGCGGACGCGCGGCUAAGGAGCGCGCGGGACAGGGCUGGCUAGCCUAGGGGCCGCCCGCCCGAGGGGGAGGAGGCUGUGCCGCCCUUGCUGCAGGUUCGCUGUCGAGCGCGCAGGAGGCAGGGACAUGGAUAGGGUGCGGUCUGCGCGGGGCCCCGAGCCCGGAUCUCUUCCAUUUCCCCUCUCACUCGACCCCGGGCUGUGCCGCAGACGGCAGCAGCUCCCGCUCUGCCCGAGCCGCCUGACCGCCGGGCCGGGGUGCUAACCGCGGGUCUCUCCAGCCCGCCGGCCCGGCCAGCCCAGCCCAGCCCGGCGGCCCGCAGCCCCGCCGCCCGCCGCCCCCCGCCGUCGCCGCGUUGCCAAAACAAACGGGCCGGCCUAUUUAUUGGCGGCCGGCGAGCCGGGCAGCUCAGAGUCGAGGCGCCGAGGGGGACAGCACGCCGCCACCAGCCAGGGCCCCGGGCCCCCGCCCCGCACCUGAGCCCCGUCGGCCUUGAGCCGCUCCGCGUUGCCCAUGGCGCCCCCGCCUGGAGCCCCCAAGAGCCACCCAGACGCCUGAGCCCCCCGAAGCUCUCCCAGCCACGCGCCCACCCAUCAGCCCACCAGGCGCCCUCGCCUGCCGCUCUCCCGGGCUACCCGGCCAUGUCUCCCGCCUGGCUCCGGCCCCGACUGCGGUUCUGUCUGCUCCUGCUGUUGCUGCUACUGGUGCCGGCGGCGCGGGGUUGCGGGCCGGGCCGGGUGGUGGGCAGUCGCCGGAGGCCUCCUCGCAAACUCGUGCCACUUGCCUACAAGCAGUUCAGCCCCAACGUGCCGGAGAAGACCCUGGGCGCCAGCGGGCGCUACGAAGGCAAGAUCGCGCGCAGCUCGGAGCGCUUCAAGGAGCUCACUCCCAACUACAAUCCCGACAUCAUCUUCAAGGACGAGGAGAACACCGGUGCGGACCGCCUCAUGACCCAGCGCUGCAAGGACCGUCUGAAUUCGCUGGCUAUCUCUGUCAUGAACCAAUGGCCGGGUGUGAAGCUGCGGGUGACCGAAGGCUGGGACGAAGAUGGCCAUCACUCAGAGGAAUCUUUACACUAUGAGGGCCGUGCGGUGGAUAUCACCACCUCAGACCGCGACCGAAAUAAGUAUGGACUGCUGGCGCGCUUGGCAGUGGAGGCCGGCUUCGACUGGGUGUAUUACGAAUCCAAGGCCCAUGUGCAUUGCUCUGUCAAGUCGGAGCAUUCGGCUGCUGCCAAGACGGGUGGCUGUUUCCCUGCUGGAGCCCAGGUGCGCCUAGAGAAUGGGGCACGUGUGGCCCUGUCAGCUGUGAAGCCAGGAGACCGGGUGCUGGCUAUGGGGGAGGAUGGGAACCCCACCUUCAGCGAUGUGCUCAUUUUCCUGGACCGUGAGCCAAACAGGUUGAGAGCUUUCCAGGUCAUCGAAACCCAGGAUCCGCCACGUCGGCUGGCACUGACCCCUGCCCACCUGCUCUUCAUUGCCGACAAUCACACAGAACCAGCAGCCCACUUCCGGGCCACAUUUGCCAGCCAUGUACAGCCAGGCCAAUAUGUGCUGGUAGCAGGAGCACCAGGCCUGCAGCCUGCUCGGGUGGCGGCUGUCUCCACCCAUGUGGCCCUUGGGUCCUAUGCUCCACUCACAAGGCAUGGGACAUUGGUGGUGGAGGAUGUGGUGGCCUCCUGCUUUGCAGCCGUGGCUGACCACCACCUGGCUCAGUUGGCCUUCUGGCCCCUGAGACUGCUUCCAAGCUUGGCAUGGGGCAGUGGGGCCCCAAGUGAGGGGGUUCACUGGUACCCUCAUCUGCUAAGCCGCCUGGGGCGUCUCUUACUGGAAGAGAGCAGCUUCCAUCCACUGGGCAUGUCUGGGACAGGAAGCUGAAAGGACUCUAGCCACUGCCCUCCUGAAACUGCUAUGCUGGGUCCAAAUGCCUCCUCACCAGGAAG